AUGUAUUUCUAAAUUGCACAACUAUCUUUUUCUAGUUUUCUUUUUAUGAUUCAAAUAGUUUUUCUCUGUAUAAUGAGAAGAAGAAGUCUUAACUAAAAUCAAGUGUUCUCUGAGUAUGAAUAUAUAAUAUAGUAAGACAACCAUAAUUAAACCAAUUAAACCAAUUAACUCCAGAGGCUAAAAGAAAGGAUGUUUCCAGAAAGUCUUCGGUGAUAUUAAGCCCUAAUGUUAGGAAGAGUGUUUAAUAAUAUAGAAAUAGUACAACAAAAAUGGAAGGAUUAGAGGAUCCUCCUUCUUUGUCAAUGGGAAUCAAUUCAAAUCACAACAUCAAGUCAAUAAUGAAGGAAUAAAAAUAGUUAUAAAAGAAAUCAAUAAAGAUUGAUUCUCCAAAUAGUACUAUUUUGCAGGCUCAAUAUCCCUAAAAUAAAUCUCAAAAUGAAACCCCAGAAAGUCAUAGAGAUCCAUUUUCAGAAUUAAUUGGGGAUUAGAAUCCUUUGUUAGAAAAAACUGAUAUGAUGAUUUUUGUAGUAUAUUUUGUUGAGCGUAUUGGAUUUGAAUAGGGAUUGAUACUAUUAUUAUGGAAUUUGGAUGUCAACUAUUACAUUUUCAUUCCUAUUUCCUUAUUUGUUGGAGUAAUGUUGAGAAUGUAAGAAAAUUUAGGCUAUAAAAUGAUCUAAAUGAUCUUAUUAGUUAUGAUUCAUGGACUUCUGAUAUUGGAAACAUAUCUUAUAAUAUCUAAUGCAUAUGUUACAUUCUGUUAUUUAAUUGUUUUGGGAAUAGAAAUUAUUUUUACUAUUAUAUCAUUCAUUCUACUGAAAAAAUGUAAAUGA